AUGCUGACUUUAGAGGACAAGGAAAUAAAGGGCUUCACAUGGGUCAUAGCCCCGGCCUUGACCUCCCUGGGCUACCUGCUCAUAUUGCUGGUUGCCAUCUUCCCCUUCUGGGUGCGACUUGUGAAUGAAGAGUCCGGCGAAGUGUUUUUCAGUGGCCUGUUUGAGAACUGCUUUCAUAUCAAGUGCUGGAAGCCUCGACCCUUAUCCCUUUACAUCAUCCUUGGCCGUGUUUUCCUGCUGUCUGCUGUCGUCUUGUCUUUCCUCACCACCCUCAUCAUGGUGUCUUUUGCAUCUCAGCUCUUCCCAAGGACCUGGAAGUACAAUUUUUUAUCGGCCUUCAUCAGCUUCCUCACAGGGGCUUGUGCUUUCCUCGCUUUGUUGCUGCAUGCCCUGGAGAUCCAGAGUCUGAGGAUGAAGCCCAGCCCUUCCCAAUUCGCCGUGCAGUGGCCUUAUUACGUCCUGGGCUUCGGCAUCCUUCUAUUCAUAGUGGCUGGUGCCAUCUGCCUCUUUCAAGAAACAGCCUGCCUGAGGUGCCAUUUAUUAGCCAUUUCUCGGAGUAUUGAGGAGACCCAAGAGAUCCCGCAUUUGGAGAAUCUGGAGAGUUUUGGAGGAGGACUGACCUCAAUACAAAGGGAGACUCUGCUGAAGGAAGAGACAGUUAUCUAGUCCAGGCGAGUCUGUCCUCUACCCUUCAUCAAGCUAUGUGAGUGCAUGUGUGUGGGUGGCACUCCCUUCUCUGCCAGUCUCUGCUACUUUUAAUAAGCUUCUUGAGUGUCAAAAGUUAAUGCUCCACUUCCCUAUACAGUGAUUCUACUUUGCUCAUAUUUGAAUUUCUUUUUUUUGGUAUUUGAAAUUUGUUAAAAGUUUUUUGAAUU